AUGCUUCCGGAAGUUCGUGGCCGAACCCUUUGCUCGCACACCCUUCUGGUCUUUCCACUUGUCGCAUUCCUAAGAGAUCCUGAAUUGGAAAACGAAAACGGUUUGCAGAGAAUUGCCGUCGUCCCUCGGCCUCCACCCGCUCUCCGCUCCCCAGACUACGAUGGCGGCGACUGCUGCAGUUGCACCUCCAACAGUCCUCCGAUUGUCGUCAACGAUUCGGGUUCGGGUCCUGCCUUCUUCGACUGCAAAGAUCCGCGCGCGGUGUGCUUUGGCGAGGAAAGCUCCAGUUUCUCCGACGGCUACGGUGACUCCGACGCCUACGACGAUGAGUCGACUUCUUACUCCUUUGUGCGCGGGGACUGGACGGACCAGGACGGCUCCGAUGCCUACAACGAUGAUUCGAUACCCCCCGCGUACGUUUACAUCCCCUCGAACCAAACGGGGCCGCUGCCCGCCGUCGCCAUCGCCUACGAGGUUGGUACAAUGACUGAGGUGAACGUAUCAGCCACCGCCCACGACACGAGGCCGGGCAGUAGCAGCGGCGACGUCGGGUGCGGAGAGACCGGCGGCGACGGCUGUGCGGCAAUCAAGGCUCAUGACGGCAUCAUCUCCGAGAUCGAGUCGAGGUGGUCGUGCGCUACGAUGCUCGUCCCCGAUGAAGGUCCGUGCCAGAUCGAGUUCUCCUUUGCCGAUCCCCAGGACAUCGUGGACAUCCAGGUUGCCUUCUGGGAGGGAAACGAGCGCACCCGUACCGUGGACAUUUUCAUUGACGGCGAGCUGACCCACACGCACGAGUCCUACGCCGACUCCACCUUCAACACGCUCGGCGUGACAGCUACUGAGGCCAGCACUGUGAUGCUCGAGUCCGUGGACCUCCUGUCAGACGAAUGGAUUAGCCUUCUCGAGGUGCUUAUCUUCGUGAAGGUUUGA